CCAGCCACCUCCGGAGUCGCCGCCAGUGCUCUCCUCGCCCCGGACCGAGGCUGCUGCUCGCCCCUCAGGCCGACGCCAUGAAGAUCAAGGAUGCCAAGAAACCAUCUUUCCCAUGGUUUGGCAUGGACAUUGGGGGAACGCUAGUGAAGCUCUCAUAUUUUGAACCUAUUGAUAUCACAGCAGAGGAAGAGCAAGAAGAAGUUGAGAGCUUAAAAAGUAUUCGGAAAUAUUUGACUUCGAACGUAGCAUAUGGAUCUACUGGCAUUCGAGAUGUACACCUUGAACUGAAGGAUUUAACGCUUUUUGGGCGAAGAGGGAACUUGCACUUUAUCAGAUUUCCAACCCAGGACCUUCCUACUUUUAUCCAAAUGGGAAGAGAUAAAAACUUCUCAACAUUGCAAACGGUGCUAUGUGCUACAGGAGGUGGUGCUUAUAAGUUUGAAAAAGAUUUUCGCACAAUUGGAAACCUCCACUUGCACAAACUGGAUGAACUUGACUGCCUUGUAAAGGGCUUGCUGUAUAUAGAUUCUGUCAGUUUUAAUGGACAAGCAGAGUGCUAUUAUUUUGCUAACGCCUCAGAACCUGAACGCUGCCAAAAGAUGCCUUUUAACCUGGACGAUCCUUACCCACUGCUGGUAGUGAAUAUUGGUUCCGGAGUUAGUAUUUUAGCAGUCCAUUCCAAAGACAACUAUAAACGAGUGACUGGGACAAGCCUUGGAGGGGGUACCUUUCUGGGUUUAUGCAGUUUAUUGACUGGUUGUGAAAGUUUUGAGGAGGCUCUUGAAAUGGCAUCCAAAGGUGACAGCACCCAUGCUGACAAGCUGGUCCGUGAUAUUUAUGGAGGCGAUUAUGAAAGAUUUGGUCUACCAGGCUGGGCUGUAGCAUCUAGUUUUGGAAAUAUGAUUUAUAAGGAGAAGCGAGAAUCUGUUAGUAAAGAAGAUCUGGCAAGAGCUACUUUAGUCACUAUCACCAAUAACAUUGGUUCUGUGGCACGAAUGUGUGCUGUUAAUGAGAAAAUAAACAGAGUUGUCUUCGUUGGAAACUUUUUACGUGUCAAUACUCUCUCAAUGAAACUCCUGGCAUAUGCACUGGAUUAUUGGUCUAAGGGUCAACUGAAAGCAUUGUUUCUAGAACAUGAGGGAUACUUCGGAGCAGUUGGUGCACUUCUUGGGCUACCAAAUUUCAGCUAAAGCAUCAGGUCUCUUUUUCCUAAUGUCAUCCAAGAGGAACUGAACCAGAGGCAUUAUUACUCCGCUGUUUGUCACUGGGAACCAAAGGAUAAAAGCACUAUUCUUGUUGAUGUGAAGUGUCAGAGUGGUGAGCUGCUGAAUGUUGCCAUAUGAAAAGAGAGCUUGGUAACAUAUGAAGUGUUUCUCACUGAAAUGCUUUCCCUGUUGUAUAUAGCCAGUAUUAAAUCCUUACAUGCAAUACAGCCUCUUAUUAUUGAGCUUCCUUUCCAAAAGGUUUUCUAUUCAUCUUAUGUAGCCACUUGCAGUACUGUAUGCUCAAAUACAAAUCUUAAAGUCUAACAUAUUUGUUUAGCUUAAAAAAUAUUUGAUUUCAAGUAUCUGUUACAAAUCUGUUUAUGUGUGUUUUGGUUACUAGUGAAUGGACAUAUCUUGUGUCAAAAAUUACUGAAAUGGCAAUCAAAGAUGAUAAUUUUUAUGAGGUUUUAGAAAUGUUCCAGCAAUAUUAUUAUUUUAAUUCUUCUAACCUAUCCCCCCACCCCCAAAAGCAUGUUUAUGCGAUCUUCCCCAGAGGUAUAACUUUUCUCAAAUGCCAUAUUUUCAUUGAAGUACUACUGUUAAAUUUUAGCCUGAAUUAAUACAUCAACCCUGGAAAAUCCACAUGCUUGGUAACAUUACAUUUUGUGUUUUAUGUUAGGUAGCAUAUGUUAAAAUGUUUAAUGUUACUUUAAAAUGAGAGGCUUUUACUUUCCUAUUUGGGAGUCUGUCUAAUAAGGUCCUUGGACUGUUCUAGUGGAAUGUGGUUUGAGUACAUUGAAGAUUUCUGUGCUUUUUUCUCUACCACAUUGAUCUCAGGCCCAGACUUGGUCGAUCAUCUUUUUUUAUCAGAUACGAACCAUCCAAGCUAAAGACUGUUCUCCAAGUGGAUGUUUCGGAAACCUAAAAUGUUAUUUUGCAACUUCGUGGGAGUCUGAGGCGGCAUUGCAGAAUUAUAAAACAAUCAGUGUUUCAUACCCUGGUGAUAAUAGCAUUAUAGUUCCAAACUUUGUAAGUCCUUGGAAUGUAUUCGCCAUUUUGAAUUUGUGUUUUACAAUGUUACAGAACCUUUCUGGUUUUUACAGUGACAGUAACAUUUUGAGCUCCAGAAGUUCAGUGAAUUUGUUCAAAUAACCAUUGCUUAAGGUUUAGGAAGAAAAAAAGACUUUGGGGAAAAUUCACCUCUGUAAAUUACCAGUACUAGAAGUACCUUGAAGAGUUUGGAAACUGUUUACACUGCAUGAAGGAAGUAUUACUAUAUCUUUUUAUAGAUCAGAGUUUGGCCCAGGAGGGAGCAAUUUUCAUUAGACUGUAAGAGGUGCUUGAUAAAGACAUUUCUCCGUGUAGAUUUCAGUUUGUGCUCAUACAUUCAAAAUCUGGUUUUCUUUACCUAAAGAUAUGAAUAUAUGAAUAGUAGGAAUUGACUAGGGAGAAAAGCACAUAAAUCAUUUUUUAGAGUUUAUACUAUUUUGGAACUUUGAAGUCUGUGAGUUAGUAGUCCUUUCAAAACCUACAAAGACUUCAUGUUUUUUUCCUUUAAUAUUUUCAUUGUAUUGACUAGAUAUUUCAGCCAAAUGUCACUGGGUCAGUUUGUGUUAAAAGUUUCUGAUUUGAGGAUCUGUACAGAAGAGAAUCUUGUUAAAUGAUAGUAACUACAAACGUUAUACCUGUGGCAAACUCUGUUAGCAGCUAUUGAUGUAGGGCAGUCUUUAAGGGAAAAAACAGUGUCAUCAAAAUCUGUUUUAAGAUAGUUCAGUCAUAGUGACUGUAAUUGAUUUAUGUUGUCCUCAAACUGAAGCUACCUGCUAAAAAAUGUAUGUGAAGUGAACAGCCAUCUCACCAAUGUUGCUCUUAGCUUCUCUGUUUGCAACCUAGAAUUACUGGAGUGGUAAGUAGGAACUUGUGAAGGCUGCCAAGAUUUCAAUGUUCUUAUGAUCUCAGAUUUUCUGUAAGCAUACUGCUCUGGGAAAUAGGUUUGAUGUGGAGGCAGCAUAAUGCCUCAAAGCCUGUUCUUGAACAGUGCUGUCUAAUAGUAAUAAAAUGGGAACCAUGUACACAGUCUGUUUUAAGUAAGCACACUGAAAACAGUUCACUUUGGAGAUGCUCUUCCACUUAGAAUGGGGCUGUGUCGUGUAAACCUCGCCUAAGUCGAAAGCAUCCCAAGUUACAAGUGGGCAUGUUGGUAGGAGUGACGGGAUCUGAAAACACAGUAUCUGAAGUACGCCGACAACAUAGUGCACCAUAGAGUCCCAGAUGUUCACGUGUGUCUGUGGCUGCCUGGGAGCUGUGGUUUGUUGCCACCACCCAGCGUUGCUAGCCUGAGAACAGAUGAGAAUUCACAAUUUUAAGUGAAUGUAUAUCACUUUCACACCAUUGUAUGGUUGAAAAAUCAUAGGUUGGACCAUCCCAAGUUUUAUUUAACCCAGUAUAUACAGUAUGUUACUCUUCCAACAUAUACUCAUUACAAAAAAUUACUUAGGAGAUACUUGGCCCAUUUGUCCUUAGACUUUAUAACCAGUGUGUACUUUACCUGUAGCACAUCUUCACUUGGACUAACUGCAUGUCACAGGAUAAUCACGUGUGUAGUGACUGGUGUUGGACAUUGCUGUUCUAAAACUACUUAAGAAUGAAUGGUAUGGUGUGUUCAUGAAAACUUUCUGAAUGGGGACUUUUUAAAGAAUUGCUAUUUUAGUUAGCUAUAGGGCUAACUCGCCAGAGAGAAACAGAAUGAGGGAAAGUGGAAAAGCAUCCCCAGGGGGAAUGGCCAUACUGCAGUCCUGUCUCCUCCAUUCUCCUCUAGAGAUUUUGGGGCCCAACACACACAUGCCCAGAGUGGUUUUCAAGCCACACUGGGAAUAGGACAGCACAGUCUGCCGUAUGAGAUGGCACCACCUGGACCACCAUACCUCUAGCUGGCCCUAUAAGCU